AUGGGCUUUCGACUUUUCCACCCUGGUUCUCUGAUAGACUCAGGAGGUCCUGAGAAUAUGGAGCCAGACCGUGUGCAUUUUGAAGUGGAUACUUCUGAAAAGUUAGAAAGCAUGUUAGAAGCAGAUGCUAUGAAUGUCAGCAAUCUUCCUCGAGACUUUGCUCACUCAGAUUCUCCCUUCUAUGUGGAAGCCAGCAGUAGCACUUCAGACUUACCUCAGGAUGAAAUAAUGACAACAAGAAGGGAAACUGAGUCUAAGCUCACACUUUCUGAAGAAAUUUAUGGCACACUGGACGAUCUGCUGGGUGAUGUCCACAUAGGACAUUGCACCCAGAAUCAGGCAGCGGACACCAGCUUUCCUGCCUUCAGACUCUUUGAAGCCCCUUGUGAAAUUUAUCAGACAGAAACAUUUAGUGGCGAAGUGGCAACAUUUCAAAACCUGCCUGAAUGCUCACCUCAUGCAGAGAAGGCAGAAGUGCAGAGUCAUGUGUAUAAAUACGUGAAGGUCAGCAGUGCAGAGGCAGACUCAUGUGAGGAGGAAAACCCGCUGGGUACUAGCCCUUGCACAAGUAAAAACCCACUUGCCCCAGAGCGGGCUGGACAACCUCCAGGAAGCCCAACUCUGACCCACUGCAGUGGACGGACACAGACAUUCCUGGAGACACCGCCACUGGCUAGAAGCCCUGCCUCGCCUGCUGCCCCUGACCCUGGGCCACCGCAGAACUUCUUAAGUAAGGAAAGUGUCCACAGGGGCUGAAGACCCUUUGAUAAAGAGAAUAGCUUUAACCUGCUUGGUCUAGGAGCUACGUAGAAAUCUUGGUACAUGAAUCAUGAUGGCCAGAUGGCCUGUAGAAAAUUAAA